AACACAUUCCCGCCACGUACGGCCCGGGCCCGGUAGAGAACAAAUAACUUUCAUCGACGCUUCCCAUCCUCUCUCCCGUCGAAGAAAGGAAACAGAGGAAGAUGGCGCUGGCUAUCCUGGCGAGGCGGAGGGCGGCGGCGCUGUCCGCGUGGAGGGCGUACGCGGCGGCGGCGGAGGAGAGCGACGUCGUGGUGGUCGGCGGCGGGCCGGGAGGGUACGUGGCGGCCAUCAAGGCGGCGCAGCUGGGGCUCAAGACCACCUGCAUCGAGAAGCGGGGCACCCUCGGCGGCACCUGCCUCAACGUCGGCUGCAUCCCCUCCAAGGCUCUGUUGCACUCUUCUCAUAUGUACCAUGAAGCAAAGACUUCUUUUGCACACCAUGGAGUGAAAAUCUCUAAUCUGGAAGUGGAUCUCCCAGCCAUGAUGGCGCAGAAAGACAAGGCCGUGGCCGGGUUAACAAAAGGAAUCGAAGGCCUCUUUAAGAAGAACAAAGUGACAUAUGUCAAAGGCUUUGGGAAACUUACUUCCCCUUCAGAAGUAUCGGUUGAUUUGGUUGAUGGUGGCAACACUGUUGUCAAAGGAAAGAACAUCAUCAUUGCCACUGGAUCUGAUGUAAAAUCACUUCCUGGGAUCACAAUUGAUGAGAAGAAGAUUGUCUCAUCUACUGGCGCCCUGUGCUUGUCAGGUAUCCCAAAGAAAAUGGUUGUCAUUGGAGCUGGUUACAUUGGCCUGGAAAUGGGUUCAGUCUGGAACCGUCUUGGGACAGAGGUCACUGUUGUUGAAUUUGCUCCAGACAUAGUCCCAUCAAUGGAUGGUGAAAUCAGGAAGCAGUUCCAGCGCAUGUUGCAGAAGCAGAAAAUGAAGUUUAUGCUCAAGACAAAGGUGGUCGGAGUUGAUACCUCUGGAGACGGGGUGAAGCUAACACUUGAGCCUUCAGCUGGAGGUGAGCAGAGCAUUCUUGAAGCAGAUAUCGUUCUCGUCUCUGCUGGAAGGACCCCAUAUACUGCCGGGCUCGGGCUGGAUGCCAUUGGGGUUGAGAUGGACAAGGCUGGCAGGAUCCUCGUCGAUAAGCGGUUCAUGACCAAUGUGAGUGGAGUUUAUGCGAUCGGCGAUGCCAUCCCUGGGCCCAUGCUUGCCCACAAAGCCGAAGAGGAUGGUGUGGCAUGUGUUGAGUUCCUCGCUGGCAAGGAAGGUCACGUCGACUAUGACUUGGUGCCUGGUGUGGUCUACACACACCCGGAGGUGGCAUCCGUUGGGAAGACGGAGGAGCAGGUGAAGGCCUCAGGAAUUGCCUACCGAGUCGGCAAAUUCCCGCUCAUGGCAAACAGCCGUGCGAAGGCUAUCGAUGAUGCCGAGGGGAUGGUUAAGGUCGUGGCUGACAAGGAAACCGACAAGAUUCUUGGUGUGCACAUAAUGGCGCAGAAUGCUGGAGAGAUCAUCCAUGAAGCUGUGCUUGCCCUACAGUAUGGAGCAUCCAGCGAGGAUGUUGCCCGAAUAUGCCAUGCACAUCCCACUGUGAGCGAAGCCCUCAAGGAGGCUUGCUUGCAAACCCAUUCUAAGGCCAUCCACAUAUGAUUUUUCCUUUUUCUGUUAUCACUUGUCUCAGGAAGUUCCAAAAUUUUGUAAUAAUUUUGGAUGUAUGGGAACAAAAAGCGUAUGAUUGUCAUUUCGCCCUGUCGGCGAUACUGUGAAUUAACAGUUGCCAGUGCCACAGGUUCAUUGUA